GUCAAAAGUUAAAACCCUUUUAGGGGUUUGUAUAGACCAACAAGCGGCCGCUGAACAUCCGAAAAACAUUCAGCUCGUUACCUCUCUGCCUCUCAUCUGUAAACUCAAAGACAGAAAGAAGAAGAAAAGAUGAGCAGAUCGGGUCAGCCUCCGGAUCUUAAAAAGUAUAUGGACAAGCAGCUCCAAAUCAAGUUGAAUGCCAACCGCCUAGUUGUGGGGACUCUUCGUGGGUUUGAUCAGUUCAUGAAUUUGGUCAUUGACAACACUGUUGAGGUUAAUGGCAAUGAGAAGAAUGAGAUCGGCAUGGUGGUAAUCCGAGGUAAUAGCGUGGUGACAAUUGAAGCACUGGAGCCUGUUGCCAGAGCACAGUAAUAUGAAUGAUGUAAUCAGUGGAGGGAUGUUUAUCUAUAGUCAAGCUGUUAUUGCUCUUCUGAAACCUAAAAUACUUAUGUAUUAUACUGGGAUUAACUAGUUUUUGACUAGAUAAAAGUUGACUGCCAAUUUCUCUUCCAACUUUUUGUUA